CAUUUGGAUCACUGUGAGCAAUCUAAACAGUCCAAAUUAACUGCAGGAAGAAUCACGCGCGUCUCGGUGGCUCCGUCCCAAUCCGCACACAAGCGCACUCAAUCGAAGGCGACUUAGGAUACGGUUUCAGGUAACAUUUCAGCAUGCACUUUAGAGUGACAUUCACGGGGUGGUGUGCGGUUUGGGGCGUAACCGCAGUGACCGUUCUGCGCGCUGAGAAGGGGCGAGGACUUUAACGCGCUCUGGAAAAGGCACCUGUAGCGGAACUGCUCAGUCAUCACUGUCCUUCCACAGGAUCACAAGCUCACACGGCUUUCAUCUUCAAAUCUACUUGUGAUUUCUUUAUAAGUUGUUUCUUUCUCCAUUUUCCAAGCUGAGACUUUGCGCAAUGGCGCGACUUGAGCGGCGUACCCAGGCUUUCCUGCGCCAACUUGUCCUGGCGCUGUGCGUGACAUCAGCUAUCUUGGAUGCAGAUCCAAGCUUGUAUUCCAGCACAACCAUGCCCACACUCUCUACAGAAACACCAGUCACCUCAACCAUGACCUCUCAGGGUACAAUGGAAACUACAGAACUUUCUUCUUCCAUAGUGACAGUCAACACAGACAUGGGAAGAAGCAGUACUGAAACAACUUCUCUUAUGACAGAAACAGCUUCUCCAACUACAAACCGCAGUGAACUGACUUCUCCAGAGAGCAGCAUGGUCUCCACUACAGCAAUAAAUCCAACACAAAUGCCUACAUCCAGUGUAACAACAGAUCCCAGAAUGGUAUCUCUCCCUUCCACAAGGUCACAGGAAACUGAAAUCACAGCAACUGUGGAACUGACCACAGAAAUAGAAGAUGAUAUGUCUGACAGGACCACACCAGAACCUUCAUCUCCUCACAGUCUAACAACCUUCAGCGAUGUGACCUUCAGCUCUCUAGCUUCCACAAGGUCACAGCAAACUGGAAUCCCAGCAACUGUGGAACUGACCACAGAAAUAGAAGAUAUGUCUGACAGAACCACACCAGAACCUUCAUCUCCUCACAGUCUAACAACCUUCAGCGAUGUGACCUUCAGCUCUCUAGCUUCCACAAGGUCACAGCAAACUGGAAUCCCAGCAACUGUGGAACUGACCACAGAAAUAGAAGAUAUGUCUGACAGAACCACACCAGAACCUUCAUCUCCUCACAGCCUAACAACCUUCAGCGAUGUGACCUUCAGCAGCCACGCUGAAACAGAAAAAGAAGAUGAUACGUCUGACAGAACCACACCAGAACCUUCAUCUCCUCACAGCCUAACAACCUUCAGCGAUGUGACCUUCAGCAGCCACGCUGAAACAGAAAUAGAAGAUGAUACGUCUGACAGAACCACACCAGAACCUUCAUCUCCUCACAGCCUAACAACCUUCAGCAAUGUGACCUUCAGCUAUGUAGCUUCCACAGGGUCACAGCAAACUGGAAUCCCAGCAACUGUGGAACUGACCACAGAAAUAGAAGAUGAUAUGUCUGACAGAACCACACCAGAACCUUCAUCUCCUCACAGCCUAACAACCUUCAGCGAUGUGACCUUCAGCAGCCACGCUGAAACAGAAAUAGAAGAUGAUACGUCUGACAGAACCACACCAGAACCUUCAUCUCCUCACAGCCUAACAACCUUCAGCGAUGUGACCUUCAGCUAUUUAGCUUCCACAAGGUCACAGCAAACUGGAAUCCCAGCAACUGUGGAACUGACCACAGAAACAGAAAUAGAAGAUGAUAUAUCUGACAGAACCACACCAGAACCUUCAUCUCCUCACAGCCUAACAACCUUCAGCGAUGUGACCUUCAGCAGCCACGCUGAAACAGAAAUAGAAGAUGAUACGUCUGACAGAACCACACCAGAACCUUCAUCUCCUCACAGCCUAACAACCUUCAGCAAUGUGACCUUCAGCUAUUUAGCUUCCACAGGGUCACAGCAAACUGGAAUCCCAGCAACUGUGGAACUGACCACAGAAACAGAAAUAGAAGAUGAUAUAUCUGACAGAACCACACCAGAACCUUCAUCUCCUCACAGCCUAACAACCUUCAGCGAUGUGACCUUCAGCAGCCACGCUGAAACAGAAAUAGAAGAUGAUACGUCUGACAGAACCACACCAGAACCUUCAUCUCCUCACAGCCUAACAACCUUCAGCGAUGUGACCUUCAGCUAUUUAGCUUCCACAGGGUCACAGCAAACUGGAAUCCCAGCAACUGUGGAACUGACCACAGAAACAGAAAUAGAAGAUGAUAUAUCUGACAGAACCACACCAGAACCUUCAUCUCCUCACAGCCUAACAACCUUCAGCGAUGUGGCCCAUGUUACAGCUACAGACAAUGAAUCUACACAUACUUCUAAUCAUACUGCUGACUUAACUCCAACCAUUACUGAUUCUUCAGACAGCACAAUCAGCACCAUCAUGUCCAGUCAUGCUACUGUCAUAUCUUCAUCCAGCUAUAGCACCAUUCCAUAUACACCAGCUCCAUUAACUGAAGCUAUCAUGGGCACAGAAGCAAACUCAAACUCUAGCGUUACUGCUACAGAAACACCAACCAUGGCAAAAUCAGAAUAUUCUUCUACCACAAUACCAGGCCAUACAGGAGCUUCUGUUGAGACAGAAACAGCUUCUCCAAUUUCCCCAACAAGCAGCAUGGCCUCCACCACAAAAACAGUAACUGGGACGUCUAACACGAGUACCAUCAUGUCAAGCACUCAUAUUACUGAUCCACCUCUGCCCGACAACAGCACCACCCACUACACGUCAAGUCCACCCAGUCAAGUGUCCAACCAGUCCAGCAUAACAUCAACUAAUGACCCAGAUUCGACUUUAGUCACAAGUACAACAGUGACGGACAACACAAACAACACAAUCACUCCUGCAACUACAACACAUGUCAGUGCUACAACAUCUCAUUUUGAAACCACUGUAAAUGUCUCAACAGAAACACCACCAAUCACUACAACACUUGAUUUGAGAACAACUGAAAGUGUUACAUCAAGUAAUAUUACAUUUACACCUGUAACAACAGUCCAUACCUCAACAGACACUGAGACAUCACAUUAUUUAAAUACAACUGAACAUUUUACAACGCCAGAUAUCACUAAUACACCUACACACAACAUCACCACUACACCCAUACCAAGCGCAGACAUCACCACUGUGCAGUCAAAUGACACCACCACACCCUCAAAUGUCACUGCUACACCCACACACAACUUCACCACUACACCCACAAAUGUCACUACUGUGCUCUCAGACCUCACCACUACGGACUCACAUGUCACCACCACACCCACAAAUGUCACUGCUACACCCACACACAACUUCACCACUACACCCUCAAAUGUCACCACUAUGCCCACAGAAUUCCCCACUACGGACUCAAAUGUCACCGCUACACCCGCACACAACUUCACCACUACACCCUCAAAUGUCACCACUAUGCCCACAGAAUUCCCCACUAUGGACUCAAAUGUCACCGCUACACCCACACACAACUUCACCACUACACCCUCAAAUGUCACCACUAUGCCCACAGAAUUCCCCACUACGGACUCAAAUGUCACCGCUACACCCGCACACAACUUCACCACUACACACUCAAAUGUCACCACUAUGCCCACAGAAUUCCCCACUACGGACUCAAAUGUCACCGCUACACCCACACACAACUUCACCACUACACCCUCAAAUGUCACCACUAUGCCCACAGAAUUCCCCACUACGGACUCAAAUGUCACCGCUACACCCGCACACAACUUCACCACUACACCCUCAAAUGUCACCACUAUGCCCACAGAAUUCCCCACUACGGACUCAAAUGUCACCGCUACACCCGCACACAACUUCACCACUACACCCUCAAAUGUCACCACUAUGCCCACAGAAUUCCCCACUACGGACUCAAAUGUCACCACCACACCCACAAAUGUCACCGCUACACCCACACACAACUUCACCACUACACCCUCAAAUGUCACCACUAUGCCCACAGAAUUCCCCACUACACACUCAAACAUCACGGCCACACCCACAAAUGUCACUGCUACACCCACACACAACUUCACCACUACACCCUCAAAUGUCACCACUAUGCCCACAGAAUUCCCCACUACACACUCAAACAUCACCACUAUGCCCACAGAAUUCCCCACUACACACUCAAACAUCACCACUAUGCCCACAGAAUUCCCCACUACACACUCAAACGUCACCACUAUGCCCACAGAAUUCCCCACUACACACUCAAACGUCACCACUAUGCCCACAGAAUUCCCCACUACACACUCAAACGUCACCACUAUGCCCACAGAAUUCCCCACUACACACUCAAACAUCACUAUCACACCCACAUCAAACAUCACCACAACUACACAAUCCAGCAACAUCACUACACCAAAGAGCAAUGUCACAGCUGCGACUUCGCUUCCAUCUACUACUCUACCUACUAACACAACCACCACACCAGCUACCUGUCCAGCCACGCCCUGUCCACCUCUCAGCACGUGUAUAAACUCCAUAUGUCAAUGUCUGGCUGGAAUGUACAUGUCAAAAGGCCAAUGUCUUGAAGGAAAAGUGUUUCCAGGAAAUUUGCAUUUUGCACUGACGUUUAAUCCUGAAAUGAGUGAUCCUAACUCUGCUAUAUUUCACAAAACAGCUAACGAUAUCAUUACAAAGCUGAAUGCCAUUUUCAAUAAAUCAGAAGGCUACGUAGCCUCUACAGUUCUGAAACUAAGUGAAGGCAGUGUGGUGGCUACAGUGAACAAUGUGUUUAUGGCCAGCUCUCCUGCUACACAGCAGUCCACACAGCAGACCAUAACGGCUGCCAUAAAAGAUGGCACUAUCAAUGCUAAUUUUACCCCUACAAGUCUUUGUGAUCAGAAUCCAUGUGACACCAGAACCACAGAGUGUAAUAGUACAGACGGCUCUCCUAUUUGCUCCUGCAUACCAGGCUACGUACGAUCUGGAUUUUCUUCAAGAAGCUGUAUAGCCUGUCCCAGUGGCCAGAAAGCAGAGGGCCAAAAUUGUGUGCCGUGUGCGUUUGGUUAUUCUGGCUUCAACUGUAAUGACUCGGCGUUGUUGGCACUGGUAGUGGUCGCCGUCGUUUUAGGUGCGAUUUUGCUCAUCCUGGUUUUGGCCCUGAUCAUCUUCUUUGUGUUCUGCAGGACAAAGCAUGUCUCCCACACCAGUAGUCCUUACUCCCCAGACAAGUUCCAGACUUGGCCCGCCCAGCCCGUCACUCCCAUCCCUCGUGCAUCUCUCGCCCGCGACGCUAAGUCUGAACCCUAUGGUACGGAGAUGCCCUUGCCAGACAGUAGAAAACCCAGCAACGGUUUGAAGUUAAGAGGAAAGAUGGGCUCCUACGACCUCAUGCAAUUAGAUGACAUGAAAACGUUUAAGGGCAAAAACGCUGCUCGCUAUUCUUACUUGGUUGAGGGCCAUGAAAACCCUUACUUCAGUUCAGCAGACGAGCAACCAUCGUCAUCCUGAGGGGAGAGAAGAGGAAACGAGAAGAGACUGGUUAAUAAGUAGGACACUUGUGAAAUGUAGGAGAUGAUGAAGAGGGGUGUAGUUUUUAUUUCAUUUUUUUUUUUUUUUUUUAAACAAAUCCAAAUGAGACUUUUUCCGGAGUCUUUCAUACUCCAGUUUGUUCUCUGUUGAGGAAAAUUUUGUUCAUUUUUUUUUUUUUUUUUUU